GCGGGGCAGUGCUUCCGGAGAGGGGCCAGUCGCGGGCCGCGGGGCCUCCAGCGCCGGCCGGGGGCAGAGGCUGCGGGAGCGCCGAGGAGGCCUGAAGUCCCCAAGGGUCCGCGCGAGACGGCGGCGCCUCUGCUCUGCGGGCGCGUGGCCUGGGCGAUCUCCCCACUGCGCCUGGGCGCACGCCGGCCCCCUGCGCCCAGCGACUCGAACCAUGUCUGUGGUCGACCAGGCCUUUGUCACGCUGGCCACCAAUGACAUCUACUGCCAGGGCGCCCUGGUGCUUGGGCAGUCACUGAGGAGCCACAGACUGACCAGGAGGCUGGUGGUGCUGAUCACGCCACAGGUGUCUGGCCCACUCAGGGUCAUCCUCUCGAAGGUGUUCGACGAGGUCAUUGAAGUGAAUCUAAUCAACAGUGAGGACUACGUCCACCUGGCCUUUCUGAAGAGACCUGAGCUUGGGGUCACCCUCACCAAGCUGCACUGUUGGACGCUCACGCAUUACAGCAAGUGCGUCUUCCUGGACGCCGACACCCUGGUCCUGUCCAACAUCGACGAGCUGUUUGAGCGGGGAGAGUUUUCCGCAGCCUCUGAUCCCGGGUGGCCGGAUUGCUUCAAUAGUGGGGUGUUUGUCUUCCAACCAUCUCUGGAAACGCAUAAACGCCUGCUGCGACAUGCCACCAAACAUGGCAGCUUUGACGGGGCAGAUCAAGGCCUGCUGAAUACUUUCUUCAGUAACUGGUCCACGGCAGACAUACACAAGCACUUGCCGUUCAUCUAUAACUUGACUAGCAACACCGCGUACACGUACAGCCCCGCCUUCAAACAGUGGGAGACCUACCGAAGCAGUGUGCUGCCGCUCUAUGACAGCGUCCGCGCCGUGCAAACGCCCGUGUCCCCUGAACACCCAGUUUGCUUCGGUGGUGUUGGGGUGCCGUGUGCAAAUUCAACACCCGGUGCUGAAAAGCCGUGUGCAACGUCAACACCCAGUCCCGGGGUGCUGUGUGCAAAUUCAACACCCAGUGCUGCAGAGCCGUGUGCAUCGUCAACUCCCAGUGCCAGAGUGCUGGGUGCAAAUUCAGCACCGCAGGCUGACCAGCCACAUCUUGUUCAGGGCCCUCCGGAGCCAACCGCUACAGUGGAUGAUGCCCCGCCCAUCCCUGAAGGAGGCCGCUGGGAAGAUAUGGUAGGUUGCCCUGAAAUUGAGACCUCUCCUGGGAUAACACGUGACCCACUCUCACCGCCCUCCUCUCAAUUUGCAGACCUCACGGAGACUCAAACCGCCUUGCGGCCAGCGAAUAAGGCUGAAAGUGGCCCAUAUGAGAAGACCUUGAAAGCAAGCCUGGAGCCCUCUGCUGAGUUCACCAGGGACCCCGGUCCCCAGGAUGCUUUGGAGGUGGCCCUGGCAGUCUCGGUUUCCGAGAUUUCCAUCGAAGAGAAGGUGAAGGCGCCGAGUCCCGAGGAGGAGAGGAGGAAGUGGGAAGAAGGCCACAUCGACUACCUGGGCAAGGACGCGUUCGCCCGCAUCCAGGAGAAGCUGGACCGCUUCCUGCAGUGACAUGCAGGCACCUGCUGUGCACCGGGCGUGGCGACACCGUGUCCCGGUGGAUGUGUGGUCCUGUUCCAUGGACGUCUCCUCUCGUCCUCUCAAAGGGAGAUGCUGAGAAACCUCGUGCCUCUGUCUGCGGUUCACCAACCGGAGCGCCUCACACGAAGUCCCAGCGUGGAGCUCCCGGCUGGUGCAAGCGAGCGGUGCCUUCGGGGCUUUCCUGAGAGGUCGGCGCUUGUCUGAACCUUGUCGGCAAAAGAGAGCAGGAACAAAGCGUUAGUGGACCCUUGGUGGUGGUCUCUGCUGUUGCUCAAGGACCUCCGUCUAGAAGCUGGUGGACCAGCUUAUGCAGGUGCUACCAGGUGUCUCCUAGAUAGCGUUCGACCUCACUGCAAAUUUCCUUCCGUCAGUAAGCUGAUAACACCAGUGUACGUAUUUCGAGAAUGAAAAGCUUGUUUUCUUUAGGGCUAAGUAAAUGAUUAGCUGUCUUGAGUUUGUCAUUUAGAUUUUACAAAGGAUAUCUCAGAAACUCCAUAGCUGUUGUCUCUCUGCUUUAAAUCCUAACUUCCCAGUGCCGUUGUCAGAAAUCCUGUUGGAGACGUGCCAGAGACGUUUGGGAGACGGAUUUCAGGUGGCUUUGGGGGGAUGUCACCUCUUCUAGACUCAUUUACUUCCUGGUUUAGAAGCAUCGAGGGUUCCCUCAGAACGAUUUAUAGCAACAACUUUCUUGCAAUAAUGGGACCUAGAGCUACUCUGGGCUCAAGGAAAAAGUGAGUUUGCAUUCGGUCACUCUUGACUGUUCUCGGGUUGAUGUCUGACCCGCUACCUCAGUUCUCAAUGACGUAUUGAAUCACUGUUCUCUUCGAAGCCAUGUCAGCUCAGAUCUUUUGGGAGAAUUCUCAGUUUUAUGAGGCAGGACUCUUUAUUCCAAGAGAAACCCUCCUCUUUGGAAAUAUCCUCAUUUAACGCAUGAACAAAAUAUGCCAUGUGUCUCCCUGGGUGGUUGUUAGUGGCCUCUACAGCUAUCAUUAAAAGUGAGCAUCGUCAUAAAGAUAGGAAAACAGGCGGUUUGGGGAACACUUGAGAGGUUUGUUUAUCAUGCACGUACCGUGGGAAAAGCAAGGAGUAUUGGAAGGCGCUGGGACAGCUCUGUCCUAGAGUGUUAAUUUAAUGGAUAAGGGUGUCUACUUUUAUGUCACCUGAAGCCGUUUAGCUUUUGAGGUAGAGGCAUCUGUGUGCAUUUAUGGCAUUAUUUGUGGCAUUUGCUUGUGCAAGGUGUGGGUUAUGGAGGCAUUGUUUCUCUUUCUAUCUGAGUGGUUAGAAGCCGCAGUCUUGCUUCCCAGUGUGCGUGUGAUGUUUCAGGGGUUCAUUUACAACAAAAUAGCCAUACAGAUAUAAGCUCAGGUGAGUGGGAAUCAACCAUCAGGGUGAUACUAUGUGAUGUUCAGGGGGAAAAAGCUGACCAGUUAUGCUAUGGUGUUGAAACGGAGAAGCGUGCGUCUAACAGACUUGAGAGAGUGGAUUCUGGAAAACGAGUAUUUGGGGUUAACGCCGCUUCUGUGAAGACAAGAGCUCACGUUGGUGGGCAGUGGUUCGCUGGCUCCGGGUGUGAGCUCAAUGUGCAAUUCUGCUAUUCAU